UUGCAACAUCGAUUCACAACCAAAAAGACAAUGGCUAGAGUAGGCUGGAAUUUUGGUGAAGAAUUUGCUGCGGCACCUGCAUUUGCGCCAAUGGGUUCUGCGUGGUCUGGCGCACCAUCGGAAUCAGUGCCAGCGUCGGAUGGUCAAGCCAGAAUUGGAUUCGUCUUUGACGAGGUAGCUGGAUCCCCACGCUCCCCAGAGUCACCGACAGAGACUCCUGCUGAAGGUAGCCAAAGUAGUAACGGCAUCCCAAAUUCAAAUCUCCUCCAUCCUUCGGAUACAACUGCGCAUCGCGCAUUCUCCUUCAAUGCCCCGAAACGUCCGCCUCCACCACGACUCCAUGACUUUUCCUCGGCAUCCUAUGAUGUGCCGGAGAGAGAGAAGCCGAAUUUGUCAGAAAGGUCGAAAUCGCUUGCACAGUCGAGAUGCGGGAAUGAUCCGCUCUACGCUUCUAUCACUGCGGAUGCGAAAUUGCCAAUGCCGAUCGUAUAUCCCAGUCCAGCCUCCAGUCGAAAUUCCGAAGCCUACCAACAGGGGCUUGCGGAUAUGGCGGACCUAAUGACUACAGUGGACCUAUCAGAGGCGGAGAAACAGAAGAUCCGUGACCGAUUCGCCCUAGACAAAUGA